AUGUUGCGUAAAUUCGAUGUCUUUGCAUCUGAGGAUGUCAUUCGUCCUCUUGCUUGUGGCAACAGCACCGACUUGCCAUCAUUGCAGCUGAGGCUUACGACCACCACAGACCUUAUUUAUACUUCUGAAGAUCCUUCCAGAAAGUGUCCAUGGUCUGAGGUUCCGUUUGUGACCGUCGUUGUUGAACGGCAGCAUCCAAGACCAAAGGAGCCAACCAACGAGUCUCCAAGUCAAAAUGGGUCCGCUGUCACUGAUGUCGACGCAUCAACCAGAUUUCAUGACUUGGCCUCUCGACUGGAGAUAGUUGAGAAGUUACUUAGUUCUUCCACACCAAUUGCUUCCAACGGUGUAACUUCAACAACGAAGUCUCCCGCCUCCCACAAAACCAAAGAACCGUCGUCCGCCCCGAGUAAACAGCCUCCGUCUGCUUCAGCGAAAUCGCGGAGAAAAUCAUUAUUCGCCGAUGCCACUGGGGCUACUCCUCUCCCCCGAGCCAGCCAAAAAAGGCAGUCUCACUAUAGCAACGGUAGCAGCGAUUACAUCUGGCAGACUCCCGCUUCCUUUUUGGCAAACUUUGACGAGGUCAUUGAGUCUGUGGUUGCUGGCCUUGACGACCCGAACGAUUUCACAAUCGAACCCGCCUCAAGACAGACCGCUGUUCAGGAUAGCUUUGAUUAUGAAGACUUAAAUUUCGACAGCAUUGCAAACUCACCGCCAAAGAAGAAGAAAAGGAAGACGUUAACCUGA